AUGGCUAUUGACAGAAGCAACCAAGAUUUUGCUUAUUAUGCCUCUAUUCAUCAAUGUUUACGUCGAGUUUUGUGUAAAGAAGAGAUGAUACCUUUACUAAUCGAUAACAUUCAACAACAGCAGCAGCAGACACAAAAAGACGGUGAUUUGAUGUUUUCGUAUCGAGAUGGUGAGAAUGGAAGAAAUAUUAAUAAAAACUCAUUUUUAUUACAACUUUACACUGAUGGAGUUGAUCUGAUUAAUCCGAUUGGGCCUAGGAAAGAUAUGCAUAAAGUUACAUUUUAUUAUUAUUUAUUAGAAGACAUUUCUGAUAUUCCGAUCUAUGCUUCAAUGUGUAAAUUUAUUGGCCAUGAUUAA